UAUCUGUCAAAAUCAAAUGAUGUGUCAGUUUGACAUUUAGUAAGGUUUUGUGGUCGAGUUAUAAUUGAAUAAAGUAUAAAUAUGUGGUGUUAAUGUUGGUGUGUUAGAACGCGAGAAAUGUGCUAAAAUCAGAUAGCGAUACACGUCACGAAGUAUGGUCCUUUCAUUAACACGGUGGGGCCUUCCAUGAAAACAUCACGCCGAUUUUAAUUAACGAUGCAAGCGAACCUUAAAACGAAGGAAAUGUUUAUCUUACGCGCCCUAGAGAAAAUAUUAAAUGAUAAGGAAAUCAAGAGGUCGCAUCACUCCCAAUUAAAAAAGGCUUGCGAAUCAGCUUUAGAGGAAAUCAAGAAAGAGUUAUCCAACGUUAACGAUAAUGAAGAGGAAAAAGUAUCUGAUGCUCUUCCGAUACCAAAAAGUGGUGAUGCUAAUGUUUUAACCACCGAAAAGUAUUUUUUACCUUUUGAACUAGCUUGUCAAAGCAGGUCGGCUCGAAUAGUAGUCACAGCGUUAGAUUGUUUGCAAAAACUUAUUGCUUAUGGGCAUUUAACAGCAAAUGUACCCGAUUCAACAACACCUGGAAAAUUACUUAUUGACAGAAUUGUUGAAACAAUAUGUGCAUGUUUUUCAGGGCCACAAACAGAUGAAGGUGUCCAAUUGCAAAUAAUCAAGGCUCUAUUAACAGUAGUAACUAGUCAACAUGUAGAAGUACACGAAGGAACAGUCCUCUUAGCAGUACGGACAUGUUACAAUAUAUUUCUGGCCAGCAAAAACUUGAUCAACCAAACAACAGCUCGAGCAACUUUAACACAAAUGUUGAAUGUAAUUUUUAUGAAGAUGGAAAAUCAAGCGUUAGAAAUGGAAGUUCACGCAGAACAACAGAAGCAACACAUGCAUGAAAAUAAGAAUGAAAGUCUCGAAAGAGAUACAGGGACAAUUGUUGAAAAUGGAAAGAGCGAUGAAAGUAGUUCGGAUGAGAAAAAGAGCGUUGAAAGUGAAGUUUGUAGCGAAGACAUUGCAAGAAGUAUUAUUGAUGGUAUAGUCGCUUCUUUGGGUGAGGAUGAUACACAAAAUGGAUCUGAUCGAAUGACGGAUACUACAAUUGAAACUGAUGGUCAACACAGUAUUGUUAGAGUGCCUUCUCAAGAAAGUGUAGACACCCACAGUGAAAACGACACAGCAAUUACAGCAAAAUUCACUCAUAUCCUUCAAAAAGACGCCUUUUUAGUUUUCAGAGCAUUAUGCAAAUUAUCUAUGAAACCUUUACCAGAUGGAACGCCAGAUCCAAAAUCCCACGAACUCCGAUCAAAAAUUUUAUCACUACAUUUACUACUCUCAAUCCUUCAAAAUGCCGGUCCAGUUUUUCGUUCAAACGAAAUGUUUAUAACUGCAAUUAAACAAUACUUAUGUGUGGCAUUAUCUAAAAACGGGGUUAGUUCAAUUCCGGAAGUUUUCGAAUUAUCAUUAGCAAUAUUUCUUGCGUUACUAUCAAAUUUUAAAAUGCAUCUAAAAAAACAAAUUGAAGUUUUCUUUAAAGAUAUCUUUUUGAACAUAUUGGAAACUUCGAGUUCUUCAUUCGAACAUAAAUGGAUGGUGAUUCAAGCGUUGACAAGAAUUUGCGGAGACGCUCAAAGUAUCGUCGAUAUUUAUGUGAAUUACGAUUGCGAUUUAUCCGCUGCGAAUCUUUUCGAACGAUUAGUUAAUGAUUUAUCGAAAAUUGCUCAAGGUAGACAUGCCUUGGAACUAGGGGCGUCGCCAAAUCAAGAGAAAAGUAUGAGAAUUAGAGGAUUAGAAUGUUUAGUUUCUGUACUUAAAUGUAUGGUUGAAUGGAGUAAAGAUUUGUAUGUUAAUCCUAAUUUACAAUCAACUGUUGGGGAACAACUAAUAGUUAGGGAACCGGAUACAACGUCUCUGAAAUCUCAUGGUGGAUCAAGUACUAGUUUACAUUCUAGUGAAAGCUCCGCUGGAAAUAAAGAAAUUUUGGAUUCUCCUGAACAAUUGGAAGUGCUUAAACAACAAAAAGAGGUUUGGGAAGCUGGAAUUGAUAUGUUCAAUAGAAAACCAAAACGAGGUCUUUCAUACCUUCAAGAGCAAGGUUUAUUGGGCACCACACCACCGGAAGUAGCAAAGUGGUUACUUUCUGAUGAUCGCUUAGAUAAAACAUUUAUCGGCGACUUCUUAGGUGAAAACGACGAGUUCUGCAAAGAAGUAAUGUACAGUUACGUGGAUGAAAUGGAUUUUAACGACAUGGACAUUGUGGCUGCUUUAAGACAUUUCUUGGACGGUUUUCGUUUACCAGGGGAAGCCCAGAAAAUCGAUCGACUUAUGGAAAAAUUCGCCAGCAGAUACUGUGGAUGUAAUCCGAACAACGGUCUUUUUGCCAGUGCCGAUACCGCUUAUGUACUUGGAUUUUCAAUUAUAAUGUUAACAACCGAUCUUCAUUCGCCGCAAGUUAAGAACAAAAUGACUAAAGAACAAUAUAUUAAAUUAAAUAGGGGAAAUACUGAAAGUAAAGAUGUGCCAGAAGAGUAUUUAUCGCAAAUUUACGAUGAAAUAGCUGGACAUGAAAUUAAAAUGAAAUCGGUUGUAAAUAAACCUGGAAAACAUCAAAUAAAUAGUGAAAAAAGGAGGAAGAUUUUAUGGAACAUGGAAAUGGAAGUGAUAUCAACGGCAGCUAAAAAUUUAAUGGAAAGCGUUUCGCAUGUUCAAGCACCUUUUACAACUGCGAAACACUUAGAGCAUGUUCGUCCAAUGUUUAAAAUGGCUUGGACGCCUUUCUUGGCAGCAUUCAGCGUUGGAUUACAAGAUUGCGAUGACCCGGAAGUUGCUUCGUUAUGUUUAGAUGGUAUCAGAUGUGCUAUUAGAAUAGCGUGUAUUUUUCAUAUGAGUUUAGAAAGAGAUGCUUAUGUCCAAGCUUUAGCUAGAUUUACUUUAUUGACAGCAAAUUCGCCCAUUAUGGAUAUGAAAGCAAAAAAUAUUGAUACAAUAAAAACAUUAAUAAUGGUAGCACAUACUGAUGGAAAUUACUUGGGAAAUAGUUGGUUGGAAAUUCUAAAAUGUAUUUCUCAAUUGGAAUUAGCCCAGUUGAUUGGAACAGGAGUUAGGCCACAAUUUUUAGCUGGACCUGGACAUAAACCUCCUGAUCCUAGUUCGAAGGAACAUAUUGGUCAAACAAGUUCUCAAAGUGUUGUAGUGGCUGUAGAUAGAAUAUUUACAGGGUCAACAAGAUUGGAUGGUGACGCAAUUGUAGAUUUUGUAAAAGCACUUUGUCAAGUAUCAUUGGAUGAAUUGGCUUAUCAUAGUCAACCAAGGAUGUUUUCUUUACAAAAGAUUGUCGAAAUAUCUUAUUACAACAUGGGAAGAAUCCGUUUGCAAUGGUCGAAAAUCUGGCAAGUUUUAGGUGAACACUUUAACACGGUCGGUUGUAAUUCAAACCAAGAUAUUUCAUUUUUCGCCGUCGAUAGUCUUCGUCAACUUUCGAUGAAAUUCAUUGAAAAAGGUGAAUUUGCUAAUUUUAGAUUUCAAAAAGAUUUUUUACGUCCAUUUGAACAUAUAAUGAAAAAGAAUCGUUGCUCUACAAUUCGUGAUAUGGUCGUUCGUUGUGUUGCGCAAAUGGUUAAUUCUCAAGCGACAAACAUCAAAUCUGGUUGGAAAAAUAUCUUCUCAGUGUUUCAUUUAGCCGCAAGUGACCAAGAAGAAGGUAUUGUUGUAUUAGCUUUUCAAACAACAGGAAAAAUUAUCAACGAAUUAUACGAAAAACAAUUUUCUUCAAUGAUCGAUUCCUUCCAAGACGCCGUCAAAUGUUUAUCUGAAUUUGCGUGUAACGCACGAUUUCCUGAUACAAGUAUGGAAGCUAUUCGACUUGUUCGAACUUGUGCAUUAAGCGUGCAUUCUGCUCCACACUUAUUUGCUGAACAUGUGGGGAUGGAAAAUGAUGUCGCUGUACCGGAAGAUGAUAGAGUUUGGGUACGCGGUUGGUUUCCGUUAUUAUUUUCGUUAUCUUGCGUUGUAAAUCGUUGCAAAUUGGAUGUAAGAACUCGAGCAUUAACCGUUUUAUUUGAAAUUGUUAAAACGUACGGAGAUUCCUUCAGUCCACAUUGGUGGAAAGAUUUGUUUAAAGUUUUAUUCAGGAUCUUUGAUAACAUGAAAUUACCGGAACAUCAAACGGAAAAAGCUGAAUGGAUGACGACGACUUGUAAUCACGCUUUAUACGCAAUCGUAGAUGUUUUUACACAAUACUUCGAUGUUUUGGGGCCGUUAUUAUUAGAAGAAUUAUACGCCCAAUUACAUUGGUGUGUACAACAACACAAUGAACAAUUAGCACGAUCAGGAACGAAUUGUUUAGAAAAUUUGGUGAAUUCAAACGGACAUAAAUUCGACGAAAACACGUGGGAUAAAACGUGCCAAUGUAUGUUAGAUAUAUUUAACAGUACAAUUCCCUCGGCGUUAUUAACUUGGAAACCCGAUCCAAAUCAAUCUAAUCCAACGAUUGUUGAAAAUGGUGAUGUUAAACAUGGAAUUCUUAAGCGUCCCAGCAUCCCGUACGAUAAUAAUAAAAACACUGAUGCGGCGUUAUUUAACGGAUUAGUUAUAAAAACAGCCGUCCAACUUGAAUUGAUACAAACGAUAGAUAACAUCGUUUUUUAUCCGGCAACAUCGCGCAAAGAAGACGCCGAAACUUUAGCUUUGGCAGCCGCUGAUAUGACCGGAAAUGGAAUUCUAACAGAAAGCCAACGAGAAGAACAAGGAAUGUAUAGAUUAAUAAGCUCCCCUCAUUUAUUACAACUCACAGAUUGUUUAUUACAAUCUCAUCGAUUUGCCAAGGCGUUUAAUAUGGAUCACGAACAAAGAAAUUUGUUAUGGAAAGUUGGGUAUAGAGGGACCGUUAAACCGAACCUUCUAAAACAGGAAACUCAAAGUUUGGCUUGUUCGUUGAGGAUAUUAUUUAAGAUGUAUUGCGAUGAAGGAAGGAGACAACAUUGGCCUAUUAUACAAAAUCGACUUAUUGCAGUGUGUCAAGAAGCUUUGGAAUACUUUUUGAGAUUGCAAAGUGAAUCUCAUAGAGAUUCUUGGACUUCUUUAUUAUUACUUGUAUUAACAAGACUAUUAAAAAUGCCGGAUGAUAGAUUUGCUGUACAUGUAUCUAGUUACUAUCCUCUAUUAUGCGAAAUAGUAUGUUUCGAUUUAAAAGCAGAGUUGCGAUCGAUAUUGCGAAGAGUAUUUUUGCGAAUUGGUCCAGUUUUCAGGAUAACAACCACUUAAAGAAGAUUAAAAACAGUGAGAUAUACAUCAAAAUACAUGUGAUUAUAACAAUGAUAAAUUCAAUUAUUAUUACUACCUAAACAAAGUAUAAAAAGAAUAAAUCGAAAAAUUCGUAGAAAAUUCUUAUAAAAGGAAAAAAAAUAGUAAUUAGGUUACAUUCCAGGUCUCCUAAAAAAUUAUUUCAAUUAACCAUAAAAUUGAAUUUAAAAAAAAAUAGUGUUUAUGUCUUUCUCAUAUACAAAUAACCAGUUUAUAAAAUAACACUACUUUUCUACUCACUUAAAAGAAUGAAAUUUUAUUAAUUAAUUCGUUUUGAAUAAAUAGUAAUAAUCUAAAAAAUGUAUACAAUUUCAAACAACAAAAAAAAAGUAUGAAUUAAUCAAAUAGUUUCUAUGUUUAGAUAAAGAAAUAAACUUUCAUGUACGUUAGUCCGUAAUCGAUUUAAAUAAAAACUUAAGGAUCGUCUCGCAAUUCUGUACAGGCUUAGGAAAAGGAUGGCAGAAAUAUGUAUUAUGUGCCUUCAAAUUGAAACAAAAAAAGAACUUAAUAAGUAAGAAGAACAUAACGUGAAUGACAAAAAAAUGUUACAUACAUAAGAAUAUAAGUUUUAAAGUUGUUAUGUACUUCUAAUGUAAAAAAAAAAUCAAUAUUUAUAGUCUUUAUUUAAUUAAAACACUUAUGUAUCGGUUAUGUUGAUGUAAAUAUGUCCACAUCUACUAUUAAAGUUGUAUAAUUAACUA